AUGCCCGCCGUGGUCUCCGAGCUGCACAGCCAGCCGGCUCCAGAGCCGAGAGCCGAGCCCCAGGAUGUUGCACCUACUGCUGCUGCAGCCGCCUCCAGCCCGGCCCCCGACCCCGGCCCUGGCCCCAGCCCCAGCCCCAGCCCACUGCCCCGGCCGAACGGGGAGAAGCAGUAUCUGAGGCAGCUCGAGCACAUCCUCCAGCACGGCUACAAGAAGGAGGACCGCACGGGCACCGGCACCGUGUCCGUGUUCGGCUUGCAAGCCCGCUACAACCUCCGAGAUGAGUUUCCUUUACUGACAACUAAGCGUGUGUUCUGGAAGGGUGUUCUGGAGGAACUGUUGUGGUUUAUUAAGGGUUCUACGAAUGCUAAGGAGCUCUCUGCCAAGGGAGUGAAAAUCUGGGAUGCCAAUGGAUCUCGAGACUUUCUGGACAAGCAGGGGGAAGGAGAUUUGGGACCAGUGUAUGGCUUCCAGUGGAGACAUUUUGGGGCAGAAUACAAAGAGAUGAACACAGAUUAUUCUGGGCAAGGAGUGGAUCAACUACAAAAAGUGAUUGACACAAUCAAAACCAACCCUGAUGACAGAAGGAUCAUUAUGUGUGCUUGGAAUCCUAAAGAUCUUCAUCUGAUGGAGCUGCCUCCAUGCCAUGCUCUCUGCCAGUUCUAUGUGUUGAAUGGUGAGCUUUCUUGUCAGCUGUACCAGCGAUCUGGAGAUAUGGGCCUGGGGGUGCCGUUCAACAUCGCCAGUUAUUCCCUGCUCACCUACAUGAUUGCUCAUGUCACAGGCCUGAAGCCCGGUGAUUUUGUACAUACUCUGGGAGAUGCUCACAUAUACUUGAAUCAUAUUGAGCCACUGAAAAUUCAGCUUCAGCGAGAACCAAGACCUUUCCCCAAGCUCAAAAUCCUUCAAAAAGUUGAAGCCAUUGACGAUUUCAAGGCAGAGGACUUCCUGAUUGAAGACUACAACCCAUACCCAGCUAUUAAAAUGGAGAGAUGCCGUCUAAAGCAACCUGAUGCCUGA